AUGUGAUUAUGAAAAGUAUAGGUUAUUUAUUCAAACGUUAACAGAACGUAUUUGUAAUAUUUCAGACUAAUUAAAUAAUAGGUUACGUAUCGCAUACAUUACAUAUGAAUUCCAUUUCUCCAUGAUUAGUAGCAUAUUAUGGUCAGAUGCAAAAUAUGGAAAUUAAAUACUGAACAUAUCAGUAUCAUGUAGUAUUCAAUGAGAAAAUAUGACGAAAAUUUGAACUAUUGAAAAUUUGGUAUAACAUAACCUGAAUACACAUUUGGUGUAACAUAACCUGAACGUAUACACAUGAUGUAUCAAGUAAAAGCACAACCGAAAUUACUCAAUGUAAAUAGAGUGCCUAGUCAACCAAAAAAACGGAGGAAGAUUACACUUGUAUUUGAUGAAAAAAAAAGAAGAGAUUUUCUGAAAGGAUUUCGCAAAAGAAAAUUAGAACGAAAGCAAAAAGCUCAAGAAAAAUUGAAGCAACAAUUAAAGGAAGAACGAAAAAAAAUUAAACAGGGAGUACAAGAAUAUUAUAAAAACUUGGUAUCGAGUCGUGACAUUCCUGAAAUUCAACAAUUAUUAUCUCAACAUGAGUAUGAAACAGAGGGACAUACUAUUAGUAUUCUGGAAUUAAAUGUUGAAGAUUUAACAGAAAAUAGUACAUUAAUUGGUGAAAAUAAAGGUAAUGUUGUAGAAGAAGAUAAUGAGAAAGAAGAAAGUGAUAAUAAUUCUGAAUACAAUGAAGAGAUUGUGGGAAUGUCUUUAAAUGAAAAGAAAAAAGCCACAAAAUCAGAGGAACCUAUUGAAAAUAAGUUAAUUACAAGUGGAAAAGACUUAAAAAAAGCAAUCAAAAAAGCUACACUGCAACAGGUAAAAAAGAGUAAAGCUUUCAAACGAAAACAACAAGUAGAACGACGGAAAAAUAAAAAAGAAAGUAUGAGGAAACAGAAACAAAAGGAAAAAGUUCGAAAACAUAGUGGGAAACUUAAAAACAAACUAAAGCAAUAAACAUUUUUUAAUUGUGUUUUUCAAAUAUUGUAAAUAUAAAUAAAUACAGUUUGUAAUAAACAA